AUGGAGAGUGAGUUUACUGCUGAGGCCUGUUCCUCGUGCUAUCAGGCAGGCUUUCCUCUCAUGAUGGCAGCAGCUAAACCAUCCAUGUUUUUGGAUCGCUACUCCUGCUUGUUGUGUCUGAAUGUCCUGAAUGAGCCGGUCAGCCUCCCAUGUGGACACAACUUCUGUAUGAUUUGCAUAAAUGACCACUGGGAUCAGCUGGAUACAGAGGAGGCCUACAGAUGUCCUCAGUGCAGAAUGGAGUUUCCUUCACGGCUAAAACUUCAUAGAAAUGCCUUACUUUCAAACCUCCUUGAGAAAUUAGGAAAAGUGAUGGGUGAAGAUCCUUUGUUUCCAAAUUAUACAAGCGCCGAUGAUGCAACCUGUUUUAUCUUAACUUGUCAAAAACCGACAGCAAGCAAGGGCUCCCUGAACUUUGAGGCCUUGUCCUGCGAAGAUGCGAUCCAAAUGCACAAGAAGCCUGAAGAUCUGAAGGGAAAUAAAUGGGAAGAAGGGAUUGGAGACCUCAGAGAGAAACUCUGCUGGAAACACCAGAGAGACCUGGAAAUGAUAUGUCGGACUGACAAGACCUGCGUCUGCUUACUGUGUGCAGCUAACGAAUGUAAGAGCCAUGACACGGUAACACCUGAGGAGGAGACGGCUGGGAGACAGAUUCAGACACAGAACACAAAUUCGAAGAAGAAGAGGAGAAAGCAAAAUAGGUGGGGACGGAGAAGAGCCACGACGAUGGAAGAGACUGCAGAGAGGAGUCAGGCUGAGUCCUCUCUCCUGGCCACACAUGACAGAAGGGAGGCUCCACGCUCUCCAUGUCAUUCUUUGGAGGGAGCCUCCAAAGAUGGAGACGGAGACAAACCAUCCAUCCAUCCAAUUUCCAACCUGCUGAAUCCGAACACAGGGUCACGGGGGUCUGCUGGAACCAAUCCCAGCCAACACAGGGCACAAGGCAGGAAGCAAUUCCGGGCAGGGCGCCAAGCCACCGCAGACAGAGACAAACCCAACGUUAGUAUUCAAGAGGCCAUCAUUCCACCUGUCAUCCAGCGGAAUCUGAAAAUUAGAAAUGGGCUUAUAAAAUACUCCCGCCUGCUCACCAUGGACCCUAACACGGCACACAGACGUCUUUCCCUGUCUGAUGGAAACACCAAAGUGACAUAUGAGGAGAACGAGAACCCGCAUCCUGAUCAUCCCGACAGGUUUGACUUCUGGGAACAAGUUCUGUGCCAAGAGGCUCUGAGCGAUACCUGCUGUUACUGGGAAGUCGAGUGGAGUGGAGGCUGGAUUGAAAUUGGAGUGGCAUAUAAAGAAAUAGCAAGGAAAGGAGAGAGUCAAGAGUGUCUCCUCGGGAGCAAUGAGAAGUCCUGGAGUAUGUCCUGCUCUGAUUCCGUCAACUCCGCAUGUCACAAUAAGAUGAAAACUGAAAUUCGUGACCCUUGCAGUCACCGAAUCGGCGUGUAUCUGGACUGUCCUGCUGGCUCGCUCUCAUUUUAUAGCAUCUCAGACAGAAUGGUCCUCCUGCACAAGUUCAACACCUUUUUUACGGAGCCGCUCUAUCCGGGGUUUUAUAUCGGUCCAAACUCGAGUGUAACAAUCUGCCUGGCUGACCGCACCAUCACCCCGUAACGUGGGAUGUCUUCUGAGUCUUCUUCGUGAAGUCUGAGAUGCCAGGAGGGCAGGAAGGGCAGAAUGAGGUUCACAUUCAGAGAUAAGAAUUGAAAAUGAGUGCAGAUUGCGGCUUUAUCGUUCAUUUGUCCAUCCUGCUUUUUCCUGUUAUGAUCUGGCUUUCUUAUUCAGUAUAUUCUGUUCACUCUUCCUGUGGUUUUUUUUCUCUAGUAUAUUUUGUAUUCAUUGCAGCCUUUGUAUGCAAGAGAAUCCAUUUUUAUCAUUAAUUCUUAGUUUUGGCUUUCAUUUUAUGUGAAGAAAUUCACGUUUCAUAUCCCCAUGGCACCAUUUUUGUUUUUGCAAUGGUAGGAAGGUCUGGUUGGUGACAAAAUGACAAAGUCAAUCUAAACUUUCAACUGUUAGUGUAAGAGGCAAUCUUAGAAAGUUAUAGUUCAUGCAAAAGUCUCAUAAAUGUCUGCUGAUUUCAAUAGGAUAUCAGUUUCUCAUACUUACUUAAAUGAUGGUGUCACCUUUUAGUGUUAAUUAAGCCAGUUAGGAAAUCGUUUCACUGCUAGAAGAGCGGACUGUUAGAUUAACUUACAAACCAAAUACUUUGGCCGGCAGUUUUCUGAUCGUCUCCUGAUGCUUCUAAAACCUUUAAAGAGCACAGGAACAUGUGAAAGUGUGGCUAUAGAGAGAGAUGUAACAAGAUAAGAUAUGUAAGUCUUUAAACAGAACUUUCAUUUGCUUUCCUUUGUAAUAUCAAUUUUUUUUUCUCUAUUUUUGU